CAACGUGGUAAUAGGAGUGAAUACGAAUGAAAAAACUCUGUGGGUGGAUAUGAAAUGAAAGUCCGCCAUAUCUACACGUCUUUCCAAUAGUGACUUGACUUUCGUAUUAUUUUGUGUUAGAUAGCUCGGUUGUGUAGAUAUUUGUUUUAAUUUAAUUAAUUUUAGUUCGACCAGUGCACGGUACAUGGUGUUCGCGUAACUCGCAGACCUUCGCCGGAAGAUCACCAUGGAAUCCCCAAGAAAAUUCAACGAUUGUUACUUCUACUAUUAUUCCACAUGCACCAAGGGGGACAACUGUGUGUUCCGACAUGAGCCUUCAGCCCUGGGCUGCGAGACCAUGUGCUCGGCCUGGCAGCAGGGCAAGUGCAUGGACAAACGGUGCAAACUCCGCCACAUGGAGCUCAGGAAAAACCGCAAGCAGAUCCCUUGCUACUGGGAGAACCAGCCGGGCGGUUGUCGCAAGAAACACUGCCCGUUCAUGCACAAGAACCCGGACGCUCGCACUGAUGGCAUCGCGCCCAGCCAGCCUAUCCCGCAGCAGCCCAUCGCUGUCGGGCAGGCGGUGCCCGUCGCGGGCGAGAGCGCGGAGCCGGCGCCGGCGCUGGGCGUGGCCGCGCCGCAGCCGCAGCCCCAGCCCGUCCCGCUUUUCUGGCAGCAGCAGCGGCAAGUAGUCCUCGACCCCGCGAUCCUGGACGCGCUGCCGGCGGCGGCGGUGGCGGGCGGGGGCGGGGAGCUGCCGCUGCGGCGCCUGGUGGGCGGCGUGCCGCACGUGGGCGUCCACGCCCCGCACCCGCACCCGCACGUGCACGAGGCUAACCCCUACCUAGGCCAGGACCAGCUAGUCGUCAACUUCGAGGAAGAGUCCGAUAACGAGAGCGCGCCUUCCUCCACGCCCACCAAGGCGGGUCCCUCGCCGCGAGACAAGCAGUCUCAGGAGCUUCUGCUACUCGAGCGUAUUCAGGCCGAGGCUGCCGCCUACUAUAGCUACGAUAACCUCCCGACCGACCCACCCAAAGAUCGCAAGAUCAUCCGCACCAACCUCGCCACCAAGUACGACCGGCUUUCGCUCGACGAACUCGCAGGUAAACAGGCCACGGAGCGACGCACCUCGCUCGAUUUCAAAAUACUCUCCCUGGAGGAAAUCCGCGCUAGAAAGAAAAGCGACGCGAUCGUCCACAGCGCGCCCAUCACGCUCAACUUGAGAAAAAGGAAAUUGUCUACGCAAGAAUCCGUCACGACUACCGGUGAUAAAAUCAUCAAGGUCGUUAGGAGUAAUUCUGUAGUUUACAAAAAGGUCGAUCAUAAUGCGCCUCCGACUAACCAGGCUAAACCGGAACAGAGGCUCAGUGACAGCGACGUUAGCAGGAAACGAACCUUGUCAGAGCAGAGCGACGUCUAUUUGGUCCACGAGAACGAACUAGUAGACAAUUGCCACGAGUUCAAAAAAAUAAAACUAGCUGAAACCACCUCGAAACCUAGACUAAUUAGAAAUAGAAGUAGUAAUAGCGAGGCUAAGGAACCAGUAGCUAAGACGGACGACUCAGACUCGGAAGUACAAAUAGUAAGUAUCGAUAUAUCAGACUGCACAAAUGUAGAUUUAUCUUAUGAUGAAGACAACAGUAAAACCGUAGAACCCGUAGAUGUAGUAGAUCUGAGUGACGACGCGGACGAUUGCGAAGUCACGAUAUCCGACUACGACCUAGGUCUAAUCAAGAACGUUCCAGAUGUAGUCGCUAGUUGCCAAAAGAACUCAAAUUCGGAAAACAUUGAGAGAGAUCUUAUUAGUGACAUAGAUAAUAUUUUGGAUGAUGUGUUAUGAUUUCGGAUUCUAGUCUUAACUAUACGAAAAACGUACA